AUGGCAUCAAGAGCCCUCACCACAACCUAUUCGAAACUCCUCUCUCGAAUGGCUGUUCGUUCUCUCCGCACGUUCGCUCCUUCCGACUCACUUAUUCAAACUAUGGGUUCGGAUUUGGACAUGCUAGGGCUGAAGAUGUGGGCAGUGGAAGAGGUGGAUGAAGUUCCACUGUCCGCGGAGGAUUACUCCACGAAUUACUACAGCCACAUUGACCGUUACAAGAUGGCAGAGACGGCGACGACGGAGGAGCUGAGGAGGAGGAACACUGCCACUGGCGGAUGUAGGCGAAAUGAACGAACCACGUAUAUCCUUUUUAGUCGAAAGACAGUUUUGGUUGGCUAGUCAGAUUAUUUCGCCAAAGUGGAGAUUUGGCAACAUUGGUGGCUCAAAAAUCAGCUCAUUUCUGUUGGUGAGCAACUGCUAUUUGCAUGCUUCAGCCUACAACUUUCUCUCCUGCACCUUAUUGUGCAAAUUUUGGCAGCCACAUUUCAAAUAUCGAAGUGUGGCUGAGAAGCCACAAACUUUGAUAUGGUUGGUGGCCAACUUUUAUAUAAAAUCUUAUUGAUGGAGUGGGUUUCUUUAUAAAUAGAGAAGAGCAGAAUAAGUUGUGGCGCAUUCGGGGAGUGAUUGGUUUUUGAGAUUUUAAAUUUAUUUGAGAAGACACUAAAUAAUGUGUAUAGAGUUAUUGGGUGUAUUUGGGUUUUGGGUGUGAGCUAUUACUAGUAUAGAUCUGGCUUCCCGGGUAUCUUCACAAAGUUUAAGGAUUUCCCCUUAAGCUUACUCGCUUUCGUUUUCUUGUUGAAGAUGUUCCCCUUGUUAUUCCUUGUAUAUUCUAUUGACUUCACAAUGAAAUAUUUUACUGUGUCUUCGCUGCAGGCCUAAGGCCGAACCACAUAAAUGCUUGUCUCCUAUUUUCUGUGAGUGCCUUUUUGUUAUUUCUUUUACGACCAUUCUUUUUCUCUUGUUCUCAAUAACUUCAUCCAAUCCUCUCAUAACAUAUAUAUAAUGACAACGUAUACAUGUGUGUGCUUGCAUUUGGCUUAGCAAGAAAAAGUUAGAACUGUCUUUGAUUUCGAACAAAAGGAUGAGACUAAGCUUGGUCUAUACAUGAGAUAUAUAGCAUUACAAUUUGGAUAUAACUUCCCCGCCAAUUUCAACAAUAAAAAAAAAAUAAAUAAAUAAAAGGAAAUUUGUGAUUAAUCUCUCAGUUCGAAGCAUUAAAAGCCGUCUCUCUUUUACAUCUGCCUCUGUUGCUAGCAUUUGCCUACAUGAAAAUUUAGGAAGGGUCCUUGAUUGUGUAAUUUUCUUGAAUAGCUUUUGAACAUAGGGAGGGUUUGGAAUAUACAAUUGGGAUAUCUCUUUUAUAAACCAAGAGAGAUUAAACUUAUUAGAAGACAGAAAAUAGUAAAACCAAUCUCUGAUAUUCGAGUUUAUUUGACUAAGUUCUCUUUUCUUGGCUUAAAUUGUGAAAAAAAAAUAAUAAUAAAAAAAUAAAAAAUAAAAAAAAAUAAAAAAAUAAAAAAAUA